AUGGAGUUUUCUUGCAAGGACUUCAAGGUGGGAAAAUGUGAGGGAGAAAAAGUAGUAGAUGGGGAAACCAUGCCCUUGGUGCUAGAACCUCCUGUGCCUAACAAGAGUGACUUGGAAUCCUUGCUCUUGGCUCUGGAGAACAACAAAGACUGGUUUGAGCAAAUGAUCAUCAAGAACAGUGCUGUUCUCCUUAGAGGUUAUGAUGUCAAGAAUGCUGAAGACUUCAAUGAAAUCGUAGAAACCUUUGGGUGGGAAGACAUUCGUUAUGUUGGACCAGCACCUCGCACACAUAUUUACAAAAGGGUGUGGACUGCCAAUGAAGGACCCCUCUCAGAGUUCAUAUACUAUCACCAUGAAAUGGUUUUGAUCAAGGAAUACCCCAAGAAAGUGAUACUCUUUUGUGAGAUACCUCCCCCAGAAGGGGGAGAGACCCCUUUUGUUCCAAGCUUCAAAGUGACAGAAAGGAUGAUGAAAGAGUUCCCAGAAGAGGUGAAGGAGAUGGAGGAGAAGGGUUUGAAGUAUUCAUUUACAGCUCGUAGUACUCAGAAUGAUAACUCCUCCAUGAGAGGUAGAGGUUGGGAGGAUGCCUUUGGGACCUCAGAUCGCAAAGAAGCUGAGAAAAGGGCAAAAGCUCUAGGAAUGGACAUGGAGUGGCUUCCAGAUGGUGGGGUAAAGACAAUACUUGGACCAAGGAGUUUAACCAAGGUAUUUGAAGGAAGAAAAGGAAGAAAAAUGUGGUUUAACACAGUGGUAGGGAUGUAUGGGAAGGAGAUUAGCUCGGCCAUGAUCGCUGAUGGAACAGAGAUUCCAGAACAUGUAGUGAAAAGGUGUGAAGAGAUCAUUGAAGAAGAGAGCAUACAGUUCAAGUGGGAGAAAGGGGAUGUUCUCUUCUUUGAUAACUACGCUUUGCUUCAUGGUAGAAGGCCUUCCCUUCCUCCAAGGAAAGUCCUUGUUGCUACAUGCAAGUAA